UACAUAUUACAGGAUGCGUAUAGCUGUACACACGCAUUAGAAAAUCCGAGUCUCUUGCCCUUUACAGUAUCCAAGACUAGUUGACAGACGCCGGUUAGUAAAUAUGAAGUUGUCCAUUUUCUCGUUUCACUUGUUCGUCAUCGCUUCCUUCCUCCUAUCUCCAAUCAACGGCCUACCGCAAACGCUAGAUGUAACAGACCAUUCGGACGAUGUUGUCAACGACUCUGAUGCCAUCGCUGUUGUAGAAAGUCGGUCUAAUUCGAUGAAUCCAGUGAAUGUCACUCGAAGUUCAUCAGUCGACUCUUAUGUUGCGGAAGAAUACUGGGCGACCGGGCUCUCGACCAACGCCAACGUCAAGCGUUUCAAAGCCAUCCGUGCCGGUCUGUUGUUGAACUUGAACGAGAGCAUUCGGGACCUGACGGAAUCCAUCAAGAAAAACGACUUCAAGGAAGCGGAAUACUAUUUGAGAAAGAUGGGCGACAAGUGGAACAGGAUAGAGAGCCUCCAGAAGACCAUCAUGCAGUUGAUUCCGGAUGACGACCUUGACAUGUUGGUGGAAGAGUCGAAAUUAUUCGAAGACAACCGCGACACCGUCGAUCGACAACGUGAAAUGGCCACCCAAUUUCUACUGAAAGUUGUCCGCUCAGACCUUAGCCGAAUGUUUGCAAUCUACAAUUAAAUUAUUUACAAGGUCCAUCGAAUUUAUAUUUGCUUGGAACAAAAUAAAUCUCAGCAAAUAAUAUGUUGCAUUACACUGAAAAUGUGAAUAAAAUCACUUUGUUAAACGAU